AUGGAGAAACUUGAGCACUUUGAUCAUUAUCAUCUGCUCCACCUUGUCCAUAUGCAAUGGAACAAAAAAAAUGAAAACUCUGACGACGAGGAAGAGGAAGAUGAAGAUGAAGACGAAUUUGUGGAGGAAACUACCCAAAGUAGUUAUGGAGAAUGCAAGAUGUGUAGGGAACCAAUCUAUUCAUUUCAAUUGUGUUACUACAAGUGCAUGCAAUGUGCUGCUGAUUACUCUCUGCACAAAUUCUGUGCAGAACUGCCUGUAACCUUAGAAAACCAUCCAUCACAUCCAAGCCACAAUGUUUUCAAUUUGGAUCAUGAUGGCGGUGACAAAUUGAGAUGUGAUGUUUGCCAUCGUAACCAAAUGUUAUUUUAUUACUAUUGUCCCACCUGCUUCUUCAAAAUGGACAUGAUUUGUGCAACUAUACCAAAGCAAAAGAUGGACCACCCAAGUCACCCUCACCAACUCCAACGUAUGUCGAAACUGAUGGUAUCCAGCUGUGAUGCGUGUGGUAAUGAACACAAAGGGACCUUCUACCAGUGUACCACUUGUUUUCAGUUUUGGAUCCACGUAGAUUGUGCGUUGUUGCCCAAGAAGUUGCAGAUACAAGACACUACCGGUGGGAUUUUUACUCAUUCUCAUCCCCUGACCCUUGCCUAUUCCCUUCCGUCUCUUGAAAAAGAAGCUAGAUUCGAUCCCAGAUGCAGAGUAUGUGGUGGAGACUUGGAUAAUUCCUUGUGGCAUUACAGAUGCGAUAAAUGUUGGUACUACACCCAUGUUGAUUGUGCAACCUCAAAGAAAGAUGUGUGGUCUACAAGUCUUGCCAAAACUUCAAAAAAUUUCGAAGACAAGGAUCAUCCUAAUCUGUUGCGUCUACCAUUUAUUGAUGAAAGUGACAACCUUCUAAAGCACAGUUUCUUUAAUCAAAAGGACCACCAGCUUAUUCCAGAUGAAACAAAUAAGGAUGGAAAAAUUAUGCUUAACCAUGCUAGCCAUCAACAUCCACUGAUUUUAUUGGAUACAAAUACAUCCCAACUGAUCGCUGCAGAUAAAUCCCUUUCUCUCCACGACCCGAUGAAAAGAAAUCAACUUUUAUGUGACGGAUGUGUCAGACCAAUCAUGACCGUGCCAUUUUACAGAUGUAGUAGAAGUUCUCAACUAGAAUGUGGUUUUGUUCUUCACAAGUGGUGCGCCGACCUACCGUCCAGAUUACAUGACCACCCAGACCAUCCCAAACAUACCCUUGAUCUCAUGAUGCCACACGUUCGUGAAAAGUUCUAUGGUGUGUUUGACUGUGCCAUUUGUUGGUUACCUUCGAAUGGAUUCGCGUAUGGAUGCACAACAUGUGCAUAUUAUGUUGAUAUCAAUUGUGCAUUCAUACCCGAAGAAAUCACACAUGAAGCUCAUCCCAACCAUAUUCUUUCUAGAAUAGAUACUAAAACAGUGGUGUAUUCAAGAUAUUGCAAUGCAUGCAAUAGAAAAAUGGAUUAUGGAUGGGGAUUCGGUUGUCGCUCUUGUGACUUUUGUGUGCAUACAAAGUGUGCGUUCUUAUUGCCUAGCAUGAUCAGGCACAAGCUCGAUAAACAUACUACAUUGAAUUUAAGAUACGGACCAGUCGAGAACCACAUUAGUGAAUACUUUUGUGAAGUUUGCGAGAAUGGACUCAACCCCACCCAGUGGUUCUAUCAUUGCAGUAUAUGUGCUCAGUCUGUCCAUGCUGUUUGUGCGCCCUUAAUACUUGAAUAUGAGCAAUAUUCGAGUUACAAAGGUGGUGUCUUCAGCUAUAUCAAUGUCAAAUCUGGUGGAACACUUUGA